AUGAAGAUCAAACUUCUGAACUUGAGCAAAAAUUUGGAUUACUUGAAGCUAAAGGUAGGGAAACUGUUAUUAGAAAGAAAGGCAUUUCAACAGGAACUAGAAGACAAUAAGGAACAUUUUCUGAAGAUUGUUAAUGAAAACCAAAGGUUAAAUACUGAAAAUGAGAAUCUGAUAAGUGAUAUUAUUGAACUGGAGUGGGAAAAGGCAUUAUGUGCUGAAGUAAAAGAAAAAACAGAUGUCACUCAUAAUCACUAUAUUCAGAAAAUGACCACUGAAAAGGAUGUCCUGGAGAAAAUUAUCAACAACAUUGUAUUACAGCUGAAUGCAUCUGAAAGAAACAACAAAAUGCUAAAUGAACUUCUGAAAACAUAUGCUAAUGAAAAACAAAACCUGACUGUUGAAAGAGAUGAAUUACAGAAGGAAAACAGUGACCUACUUUUAGCAUUGAAAAAAACUAAAACUGAACAUGAAGAAGGUGACAUACAACUGUCAGUUCUUAUAAAAGAAAUAACAUGCAUGGAUGUGCAUUUGCAGAGCACUAUUAAUGAAAAACAGGAUUUGAUUAUAGAAAUGGAUAACCUGCAGCAAGCUAACAGCGAACUCCUGUUAACAGUGGAAAAGUAUAAAACAGAUAAAGAAGAGCUGGAAAAUCAGUUGCAGACAGUUGUCAAUGAUAACCAAACAUUAAUUUUAGAAAAUAACAGUUUACAGUGUAAAAACAGUGACAUGCUGGUGAAACUGAAAUCACUUCAAAAAGAAAAAGAAGACAUGAAUGAAAAUCUGAUUACAAUUAUCAGUCAAAACCAGAACUUGACCAAUGAACGGAAGGAUCUGAUAAACAACAACAAUGACCUGCUCCAGGCUUUGGAAACACUAAGAAAAGAACAUGAAGAAAUACAUAAUCACUGGCAGAGCACUUUUCAUGAAAAGCAAAAUGUAAUGAUUGAAAGUGACAACCUGCAAUGUAUUAACAGUGAACUACAGUCAACAGUGGACACAUUUAAAAGGGUACAAGCAGAGAUGGAAACAACGUUGCAAAAUAUUGCAAGUGACAGGCAAGCACUGAUUCAGGAAAGGAAGGAACUGGAGUUCAAACAAAGUGACUUGCUUUUCCAACUGACGUCAUUUCAGAAAGAAAAAGAAGACAUGAAUACACAUCUCCUUACACUCUCAAAAGAAAAUCAGGAUUUGAUUAAAGAAAGAAGACACUUACAAUACCAUAUCAAUGACCUGCUCCUGGCACUAGAAAAAGUAAAUAAAAAGAAGGAAGAACUGACCUUACGUUUUCAGAGAGCUGUUCAUGCAAAACAAGAUGCUAAUGCUGAGAGGAAUAAGUUACAACAUGCUAACAGUGCACUACUGUUAACAGUGGAGACACUUAAAGAAACAAUAACAGACCUGGAAAGGCAGCUCCAGACACAUGUCAGUGAUGAGCAGACAGUAAGUGUGGAUAAGACUGACAUGAGAAUUAAAGCCAGUGAGCUCCAAAUUAGUGACCUGCUCCAAUUACUAGAAAAAGUAUCAGAAGAAAAAGAAGAAAUUAACUUAGAUUUGCAGAGAACUUCUCAUGAAAAACAAAAUAUUAUCAAUGAGAAGGAAAAGCUGCAACAUGCUAAUAGUGUGUUACUGUUGACAGUGGAAACACUUAAAGAAAGGAAUGCAGACCUGGAAAGGCAGAUACAGAGAGAUGUCAGUUAUGAGCAAACAAUCUAUGUGAAAAAGGACAUGCAGAGCAGAGACAGCAAGCUCCUGCUUACAGUGAAAUCACUCAUAAAAGAUGAAGAUGGCACAACUACAGAUCUACUUACAUUAAAUAAUGAAGUACAUAGUUUGGUUAAUAACAUAAAUGACAUACAGACCAAUAGCAAUGACAUGCUCCUAUCCUUGCAAACAUUAGUAAAAGAAAUGGAAGACAUUAACAAAGGUUUACAGACAACUGUUGAUGAAAACCAAGAUAUAAACAUUGAAACUGAUAACUUGCAAGAUACUAACACUGAAUUACUAUUAGGAUUGGAAGUGUUUAAAGCAGAAAACAUGGAGCUGAGAAGACAAAUGCAGAAAGAUCUGAAAGAACAAACAGCACCUAUGGAAAAGAAUGAUCUGCAGUGCAAAAAUAGUGAACUGCUGUUAGCACUGAAGAGAUUUCAGAAAAUCGGUGAAGUUACACACACAAAUCUGUUUAGAGGUACUGAAGAAACAAAGAUCCUGAUCAAUGAAAGAACUGAACUGCAAAACAAUACCAGUGAGCUGCUCCUAGCACUGGAUACAGUGACAAAACAAAUGGAAGAAAUGGACAUACAUUUGCAGGCCACUGUUCAUGAAAAACAAAACCUAAUCACAGAAAGGGAUUACUUACAACACACUAACAGUGACCUGCUGUUAACAUUGGAAACAUGCAAAAGAGAUAAAACAGAAAUGGAAAAGCAGUUACAGAUGGUUGUCACUGAUAAACAAGCACUAAGUGUGGAAAUGAAUGACUUGCAGUGCAAAAACAGUCAGUUGCUGUUAACAGAGAAAUCACUACAGAAAGAGAAAGAAUAUAUGAAUACAGAGCUGCUUAGAAUUAUUAAUGAAAAUCAGAACUUGGUCAGUAAAAGUAAUGAGCUGCAAAACUGUAUCAGUGACCUGUUACUAGAAUUAAAAAUAGUAACGGAAGAAAAGGAAGAAAAUAAUAUGCAUCUGCAGACAACUGUUAAAGAAAAACAAAACAUCGCAACGGAAAGAGACAACCUGAUGCACCAUAACAAUCAACUGCUGACAACAAUGGAAACACUUAAAAGACAAAAUACAGAGCAGGAAAGACACCUCCAGAUAGUUCUCUGUGACAAACAUACACUAAGUGAGGAAAAUAAUGACUUACAAUCCAAAAACAGAGAGCUACUGUUAAAUCUAAAACAAUUACAGAAAGAAAAAAAAGAUGUGAAGAUGCAUCUGCUGAAAGUAAACGAUGAAAAACAAAAUUUGAUUAAUGAAAAGAAUGAGCUGCAAAACAAUAUCAGCAGCCUGCACCUGAUGUUAGAAAAUAUAACUAAUGAAAAGGAGGAUAUUUGCAAGCAUUUGCAGACCACUGUUCACGAAAAAGAAAAUAUGCUUGCUGAAAGAGACAGUUUGCAACAAACUAACAUUGAACUAUUAGCAAGAGCAGAAACAUUUAAUAGAGAAAAAGCAGAGCUGGAAAGACUGUUGCAGAUAGCUGUCAGUGAAAAAGAAAAAGAAUUUAUAGAAAAGGGUGAUUUGUUAUAUGAAAACAGUGAGCUGCUCUUAGCAUUGAAAGCAUUUCAAAAAGACAAUGAAGACAUGAACAAUCAAUUGUGUAUAAUUCUUGGUGAAACACAGGACUUGAUCAGAGAAAGGAAUAUACUGAAAAAGAAUAAUGAUGACCUGAUGCUAGCUCAGGAAACACUGACAAAAGAAAAUGAAGAACCUAACAACUAUCUGCAGGCCAUUUCUCAAGAAAAACAGCAUUGAUUACUGAAAUAGCUAUCUUACAGAAGACUAGUGAGCUCCUUUUACUUUUUUCCUUAUCGUGUGGUGCACUAAGGUCCCUGCAGCAUUUUCAUUCUAAAUUUAAUGCAGAAUGACCUGAAACCAAGGACAAAAGUAUACUUACAGAAUGUCCAGUAUGUCCAGUGUGAUGAUAUGGGCAUGUGCCAGCAUAACCAGUUGGAGUUUUGUAA